AUGGGCAUUAUCGUCGCUCUGACAGCUGGGCUUUAUGAAGCCUUGAAUUUACUAGGAGCUGGUGGCGGCCGUCCCAACUCAGCACAAACAGUACAAGUAGUGAAUGCUACGCUGUGUGGAGUAUGGGUCCUCGCAUCUACUUUCAGUGGCAGCUUAUUGAACACAAUUGGGCCCGCUGUCACGGCUUGCCUUGGCGUUCUGGGAUACAUAAUCUAUGUUGGCAGUCUUUGGUACUUUGACAGAACUGGCAAUGAAGGAUUCCCAAUUUUUGCCGCUGUUGCCAUCGGAAUCUCCGCUGGUUGUCUCUUUUGCACCAUGGGAUACAUCUCUAUGUCUUAUUCCAUGGAACAAGAACGAGGAACAUUUAUCAGCAUGUCAUUCAAUCUUCAAGCUUUUGGUGCAGCUGUCGGUGGUAUAAUUCCUCUGAUAAUUAACCGCAACUCCAACGAAGUAGCUGGUGUUCCCACAGCAGUGUACAUCGUCUUCAUCAUUAUGCAAGGGUUGGGUGUCUUUUUGUGCUUUGCUCUGCAACCUCCUUCGAAGAUACUCCGUGACGAUGGCACCCAGGUAGCCACUACCCGAUCUCGUGGGUUCAUUGAGGAGCUGAAGUCAAAUUUAGAGAUUUUCAGAGAUUGGAAGCUCCUGAUCAUGCUUCCGGCUUUUAUUCCCUCCGAAUGCUUCCUUGUGUACGGUGGUUCAGUGAAUGCUUUUCAUAACAGUUUGAGAGCAAGAUCUCUCCUGUCAUUCAUUGCCGUCGUGGUGCAAAUUCCCGCAGGCAUCGGUCUGCAAAAGAUUCUGGACCAUGAAAAUUGGUCGCGCCGUAUAAGAGCAAUCACCGGCCUCGCAGUUGUUGGUAUCCCAUUGAUAGCUGCGUGGGUUUGGGAGGUCCUGCGGACUCGCGACUAUGACCGCUCUAACCCACCCAUUAGCCCAACUGAUUGGACCGACGAUGCCUUUAUUCCUAUCUUCUUCCUGUUUAUACUGAACUGGGUGGCUAGUGUUCUAUGGCCAUACAUUAUUCUUUAUUUCCUCGGCUGUCUGACAAACUCGCCUCGCAAAUCGGCAAACUAUGUCGGUGUUUUCCGUGCCGCUCAAGGGGCGGGAGAAGCUAUUUGCUUUGGUGUUGACUCCCUCGGUGUCCCUUACAUCAAGGAGGCCGCCGUUCUCCUCGCCUUCUAUGCCACUGGUGUAAUUGUAUUCGCCUACCUUGCGGUGUUUCAUAUCAGAGAAACUGAAUACUUCGUUGGUGAAGAUGGUGUUGUCGUACCAAAGCAAGUUUUGGAGGGACACAGCCGCGAUAAACAAAAGGCUGGCGAAGAGUAA